AAACAUUGUUAUUUUGAUACUCCCUUGUAAAUUAAGGGAAUUUCCCAGAUUUUCUUUUUUCAAAUCGUAGUAACUUACCUCGAAAUAAAAUAGGAUAGUGACUGAUAUAAUUAAUUAAUUUAUAGAAUUAGUAAAAAUAGUCAAUUAUAAAUUAUAAAUCAUGGAAACAAUGGGUCCUUCUUCAAAAAGUAAAAACAAUAUUCUAAGUCAAAUACAAAAUCUACACUCAGAAGAUUUACCUUACCUCGAACGAGAUUUAUGUUUUGCCGAAAAAGUCUCACUGGCGUUUUUACUUUUUGGGAAUACCAAAGCUAAUAAUUUAUUCGCCCUUCAAAAGCUAUUAGCUCUUUAUAUGAAUCAAAACCUAGUUUCAGACAUACUAUUCAACUUUACUAGAGAAAACAAAAAAAACUGGAGAUUCUGUUUAAUAGAAGCAUUAGCAAUUAUUAAAGCUCAUAAAGUUCUUAGAAAACUGGGCGUAAGCAAAUAUGAAUAUGAAAUUACAUUUUUACCAUACAGACCAGAGACCAGUUUAUCAAUCCAUCCUGUACUAAAAGCACUGUAUUUUGUAUGCGAAAAUCUUAGUCAAUCAGAAACGCAAGCUCUAUUGUGUGAAGUAAGAAGACAAAUACCAGGCAAUAAUUUCAAUUUUUCCGAUUCAUCGUUUUUAGAAAUAUUUUUGUUAGAUUGGAUGACAUCUUCUAUUAUUGAAAUAGGAGAAUGGCCUGAUGAUAAUAGUGGCUCUAAAAAGCCUAAUAUGAAAAUAAUUACAAAUUUUUUAAAAGUUUACGGAAAGGAUACAUUAAAAGAUAUCCUGGAAAGCGCUUGUAAAUAUGUUAGCGAAAAGAAUGAAAGGAAAGAAGAUGCGCGUUUAGUUAAUGAUCUUCGAAAUUUAAGUAUUCAGUCUCAAUAUUGCGUACCAACAGCAGAAUCAAGUUCCUCAUAUCAAAGUGGAACUGAAAUUGAUUAUGCUGAACAUGAUAUUUACAAACUCGAACGUGGAAAUGCUGGAUUUGCUCUGAUUAUCAAUCAAUAUGAAUUUUACGAAGAAAAGGAUCCUAAUUUAAGGAAUCUUUUGCCUGAGAGUCCAUUUAAAAAUCGGGAAGGAACAAUGAAGGAUAGGGACGCGCUUAAAGAAACAUUUGAAAAAUUUGGCUAUAUAUCACAAGCAAAAAAUAAUCUUACACAUAAUGAAAUUUUAGCAAUUAUACGAGAUUAUGUAAAAAAGUCUAUAAUAUUUGAUUCAUUAAUUAUUUGUAUCUUAAGCCAUGGUUUAGAAGGUGUUGUAUAUGGAUCUAACAGUAUACCGGUCAAAAUAAACGAUAUUGAAGAAAUACUUGCUUCAUCAAAAGAAUUAUAUAAAAAGCCUAAAGUAUUAAUAAUACAAGCUUGUCAAGGUACACAAAUGCAAGAAGCAGAUACUUUAGAAUGUGAUUCACCUAUGGAAUAUCUAAAAGCUAUUGGACUAAUUAAAAAUGAAUCAAUAAAAAAUUAUUCAAAAGAAAUAAAAGCAAAUAAAUUGUUCCUUGGGGAUAUAUUAACUGUGAUUUCUACAGUUCCAGGGUAUGCAUCAUUUAGAGAUAAAGGAACAGGGUCUUGGUUCAUUCAAUCGUUGUGUAAGAAAAUUAAUAACUUUGGACAUAGAAAACAUUUUCAAGAUAUUGUAACAGGUGUAAUUAAUGAAGUAUCAGGAAUGAAAAGUAAACAGAAUUUGUGUAUGGUUCCUCAACAGAGAUCAACAUUAACAAAAUCAUUGUGGCUGCCUAAAAUUUAACUGCAAUAAUUGGAAAGAGAUUUAAGCAUUGAUUGAACUGAAUUUUUCAUUUCUGGUUUUCUUUUUUAGCAAAAUGCACGGUUCUUCCAACGACAAAUGAAAUUUUUUAUGUUAAUUUUAUAAUAAUAUUGCCGAAUAAUCGAACAUUUUGGGAUAGAAACAUGUUUUAAAGUAAAUUUAAUACUUAAAAUUCAGUAACAUUGUCAAUUAUAGAUAGGAUAAUUAUUUUUCUUUUAAUAAUUUUAUAAUUUAAUAUAGAAUUCAUAAGA